UGAUUUCCACGGGUGGGGACGGCUCCAGCACGGGACUGCUGUCACCGGGACGCCCUGCCCGCUGCGGCUUGCUGCCUUUUUUUUUUUUUUUUUUUUCUCCCUCCCUCCCAAGAGUAGCAGCGAAAUGUCCCGUUCUGCCUAUUUGGAAAUGGGAACCAAUUGCUCCCCCGCCUUACCUCGCUCAUCGCAUCCCAUAUAUAGUCAUAUCUGCGGUCAAAUGGCAGGCGGCAGCGAAUGGGAAGGCUGUGCCUCCCAAAAAAAGCCGGGGGGCAGUGAGAGAGGGAAAGGGGUAGGGACGAAAAGAGGAGGGAGGGAGGAAGGGAGGGAAGGAGGGAGGGGGAAAAAAAAAAAAAAGCCCUUUCCAAAAAAGUAUUGGAUAUCUUGAGGAAUGCAGUCAGCCCCCUGGGAAAGUACAUAUCUGUGAGGCGCUCCCUGCCCGCCGCUUGCAUUCGGCCGGCGCCCCGUCCCGCACGGAUCAACCCCGCCGCCGGCAGCGCCGCUCCCCCGGGGCCUGCGUCCGGACUCGGGGCUGUCCCGCAACUUUUCAAGCUUUUCUUUCGGAAGCAGUUCACGCGGGGACGCGCCCUAGCCCACCGCCACCAUGGAUGCCAUCAAGAAGAAGAUGCAGAUGCUGAAGCUGGACAAGGAGAACGCCUUGGACAGAGCCGAGCAAGCCGAAGCGGACAAGAAGGCUGCGGAGGAGAGAAGCAAACAGUUAGAGGAUGACAUUGUGCAAUUGGAAAAGCAAUUGCGUGUCACGGAGGAUUCAAGGGACCAAGUGCUGGAAGAGCUACACAAGUCUGAGGACAGCCUCCUCUCCGCAGAGGAGAAUGCUGCCAAGCUGGAGGAUGAGCUGGUGGCUCUACAAAAGAAGCUGAAGGCCACUGAGGAUGAGCUGGACAAAUACUCCGAGUCCCUUAAAGAUGCACAGGAAAAGUUGGAACUGGCUGACAAAAAGGCCACAGAUGCUGAGAGUGAAGUAGCUUCUCUGAACAGACGCAUCCAGCUGGUUGAGGAAGAGCUGGAUCGUGCUCAGGAGCGCUUGGCUACUGCCCUGCAGAAGCUGGAGGAGGCUGAGAAGGCUGCAGAUGAGAGUGAAAGAGGAAUGAAGGUCAUUGAAAACAGAGCCCAGAAGGAUGAAGAGAAGAUGGAAAUCCAGGAGAUCCAGCUUAAAGAGGCUAAGCACAUUGCUGAAGAGGCUGACCGCAAGUAUGAAGAGGUGGCUCGUAAGCUGGUGAUCAUUGAGAGUGACCUGGAGCGUGCUGAGGAGCGUGCUGAGCUAUCAGAAAGCAAAUGUGCUGAGCUUGAAGAGGAAUUGAAAACUGUGACCAACAACCUGAAGUCGCUGGAGGCUCAGGCUGAGAAGUACUCACAGAAAGAAGAUAAGUAUGAAGAGGAGAUUAAAGUUCUGACUGACAAACUGAAGGAGGCUGAGACCCGUGCCGAGUUUGCUGAGAGGUCAGUAACCAAGCUGGAGAAGAGCAUUGAUGACCUAGAAGAGAAAGUGGCGCAUGCCAAAGAAGAAAACCUUAGUAUGCAUCAGAUGCUGGAUCAAACUUUACUGGAGUUAAACAACAUGUGAAAACCUUCUUAGCAGCAACCACGCUAUUUGUUUUAUUAUUUUUACACCUGCUUGCCGUGAAGCCCCAUAAACAUGUCUUUAUUUUAGUUUCACCACAGUCACCAGAACAUCUGCUAAAUUAUCGAGCAGGGGUCAGGGAAACACCAAAAUGGGCAAGCCAUAUGCGGGUUAAGCAACAUUACAUUAUGGUUUAAACGUGCCAUUUCCCAACAAAAAUGUUACCUACACUUUGUAGAGAGUUCAGCAAUUCCAUUUGCUUAGUGUUUCAAGAAUCCUGGCUGUGGCAGAAAGCGUUCCACCUGAAGUGCCAACUACAGUUUUUACGCAAGAAGAAUGAUUCUUGUUCAAAAGGGAUCAGGUGGAAAUGGUGCUAUUUUGAACAAAAAGUUCUACUUGAAGUCUUUUGUUUGAUAUCAGACAAGUUGUCCAUCAGGAGUUGUCCAGCACAGUAAUUUAUUUUUAUCAGAACUUGACUGAUCUGUGAGAAUUUGGACUUUCUGUGCCUUCUAAUUCAGUAAAAUGAAGAUACAUAAGCAAUGGAGAAAAGUGAAGGCUUCUGAAGGUUUUAAAUUGUAUUCUUGCAACUCAAUACAUAAGUGUAGGUCAGCAUUUCACCUUGAGUUUUCAUUUGAUUGUAUUUUUCAUGUUGAAAGAUUCAAUAAAUUCAGGACAAAACAUUAAUUUGGAAGAGAUUGUGUUAAAAUGUAUUUUAUUUGUGGGGAUUUGGGGUAGGGGAGGAAUUUUUAAGCUGAUAUUUGCCUCACUUUUUUCACACUUUCUUUGAGCAGUCUUAAGUAUAUCUGUAUGUAAACAUUGUAUAAUGAUAUGAAAUAAAAUGCACAUUUUAGGACAUUU